AUGUUCAAAAAUAUCAAAAUACUUGGACGGCCAUUAUUGUCUUCUAGACCUCUGUUGGGUUGCAACACUACCAUCACAAACAGUAGAAUUACAUGCGUCUCUCGUCGUGGAUUCACAACAGCUGGCGGCAGUGAAACCGAACCUACCAAAACGAUCUACAAGGCCAAGCAGACAAAGAUUGGAUUGGGAACAAUUAUCCUCUGCACCAUUCCAUUCAUCACAUUCGGGUUGGGAACCUGGCAAGUCCAGCGCCUGAGGUGGAAGGUUGGACUGAUUCAGCGAUUAGAAGAACGUAUGCAUCAGCCUGCCAUUCCUUUACCUCGUCGCAUAAACCCUGAUGCUUUGGAUGAUUAUGAGUACCGUCGCGUAACUGUCAAGGGUCACUAUCGUCAUGACCAGGAAAUGUUGUUGGGUCCUCGUACGCGAGGUGAUGGUAACGUUGGGUAUUUCUUGGUGACCCCGCUUGAGCGCCCGAAUGGUUCGACUAUUCUUGUGAAGCGUGGAUGGGUCCCCACCUCCAAGAAGGAUCAGAGCACUCGACCAGAGAGUCUGGUACAAGAUGAAGUACAGGUUGAAGGAUUAUUGCGUCAAUCAGAACAGCCUAAUAGCUUUACCCCUGAUAAUGAUAUCGCAAGAAACCAAUGGUAUUGGGUUGAUGUAGAAACAAUGUCGGAUCUGAUGCAUACCGAACCUCUAUUGGUAGAGAGAAUGUCAGAUCAAUCUUCAAGUCAGGAACAUCAUUGUAUCGAACGAGGAAUUCCUGUCGGUCGAUCCCCGGUUGUUGAAGUGCGUAAUAGCCAUAUGAGUUAUAUCAUUACUUGGUAUGCACUUUCAAUUGCCACUACUGCCAUGCUGGUCAAAUUGUUGAGAAAGCCAGUCAAUAGACCCACAAAGAUCAAACGCAAUUGA